UCGUGAGAGUGUCGUGAGCGAGUUGCCACACGUUGGCCUUGCUUCAUGCCGGCGACGACAAAGACGUGGCUCAAGACGCUCGUGCCCUCAGUCAGCGACGCCGAGCUCGAGGCGGUCACGCGGCAGCACGCGGGCGAUCGGAUCGGCGCGCUCGACGCCCUGCUCACGGCGCUGUGGCGCCAGGACGGCGCGCAGCCUGCAACCUCGCCCGCCAUCGGCGGCGGCGGUGCCAAGGGCAGGCGUCGCAAGCGAGCCAGGCCGCGCGAGACGGACGCGGCCGACGCCGGUGCGCGGGCCGGCUCCACCACAACUCGGGCUUUGAGGCCAGAGCCGUCCCAGCGCUCGGACGGCUCGGACGCGGAGAGCGAUUGCAUCGCCGGCCCGAGUGAGGCGCAGCAGCGCGGCGCGCGUGCGGAGCUGCGCGCCACUCCGUCGGCGCCCUCGAUCGCCGCGGCGGUCGCACCCGCGCUCGGCUUUCUGCGGCGCGCAGCCGACUCUUUCAAGUGGGAGACGUGCCCGUACCUCCAGCUCGUGCAGGCGCUGCACCUGCGACACUCGGGCGAGCUGGACGCGCGCGCGUGCGGCGCACGCGCCGUGGCGGCGCUGCGCUCGCGAGGCCAGCAGCCGCUCACGCCGCUCCAGCAGCGAGAGAGGGCGGCCCUGCAGUCCGAGCUGUGCGGCUCCUUCUCGCCAAUCGAGCGAGAUGGCCCUCUGGUGCUCGCCUCGCUCGCGUUGCACGGCUCGAUGCCGACGGACGUGCUGCCGCCGCCGCUCGGCCAAGACGGCGAGCCGACGGGCGAGGAAGAGGUAGCCGAGGCGGCGGGCUGCUGGUUUGUGGAGGCGUCCGACGGCGCGGCCGCC